CUCUGCAAAAUUUCAUUAAUGAUUUUGUCCUCUGUUUCCGAGACCAUUGAGAGAGGGAGAUGGAGAUGAGAGCAAUUGAAUAUAUUGAAGACAUAGGAGAAGAUUUAACACACAAAAUCCCACCUAUUGCUUUCUCACUGUCUGAUUCAGUCCUUCAUUCACACUGUUCAUCUUGUUUUCAUCCAUUAAAUAACCCUAACAAAUUCCCACCAUUACAUCCCAAUACCAACACCCCCAUUGAUCCCAAUUCUAUUCCUAAUAUCUUUUACUGUUCUCAAAUCUGUUCCAGCUUAGAUUCUCACACUCACUUCUUCAGUGGUGAAUUUCAUCUCUUCUCCAUCAUUCAAUCACAACCCAACAUUUUGAACACCACCACCACCACUGAUAUUCGUACUGCUCUUCGUCUUCUCUUCUUUUUUGAGAAAUUUGGGUUUCUUUCUAUUAAUGGUAGAAUUUGUGGGUUAUUGAGUAAUAUUGAGAAAUUUGAAAAUGAAGAUGAUGAUGAUGAAGAAGAUGAGAUUUUGGGGAGGAUUAAAGAAGGUGGGAGAUUAAUGGAAAUGGCUAGAAGAAUGAGAGAUGGAGGUGUUCGUGGGGUGUAUGAAUUGAAAGAAGAUAAUUUAGUGGAGGAAAUUGUGUUGGGUCAAGUUUUAAUGAAUUCUGUUGAAGUUCAAGGUUAUGAAGACUGUUAUUUGGGUAAUGCAAUUUAUGGUCCUAAUUUCUCAUGGAUUAAUCAUAGCUGUUCACCUAAUGCUUGUUAUCGAUUUUUAUUAAGUGGGUCUGAGUUAGUAAAGGAAUACGAUGAUUCGAAGUUGCGAAUUGAGGCUGCUGGUGAUGAAACUGUGUUGAAGACUUGGGUCUGUGAUGAAAGCAAGUUCAACAAUGCAGGAAUUUGUGGUUAUGGUCCAAGAAUGGUAGUACGGAGUACUAAGCCGAUUAAGAAAGGUGAAGAGGUUUGCAUCACGUACACUGAUUUGUUGCAACCAACGGCAAUAAGGCGUUCAGAGUUGUGGUCGAAGUAUCGCUUCUAUUGUUGCUGCUUGAGAUGUAGUUUGUCGCCGCCAACUUAUAUUGAUAAUCUUUUACAAGAAAGUGCUUCUGUGCACCUUAAGGAAUCAAAGACGUUUAGCACAGAGGCAUACGAAGAAUUAGCUGAUCGCAUGGAUGAUAUUAUAUCUGACUACUUGUCGGUUGGAAAUCCUAAGUCUUGCUGUGAGAAACUCGAGAACAUACUAAAUGGUUUUAAAGAAGAGCAACUGAAAGAAGAACCAUCACAGCAGAAUUUCAAGUUGCAUCCGUUGCACCAUCUCUCGAUAAAUGCCUACAUCACUUUAGCUUCUGCAUACAAAAUCCGUGCAAAUAAUUUAUCGGCUUUUCAUUCAGAAAUUGAUGAUCAUAUUUCUGAGGUUUUUGAGCUUAGCAAGAUUAGUGCCGCUUACUACAUCUUGCUUGCUGGCGUAACCCACCACUUGUUCCUUUCUGAAUCUUCUCUGAUUCCUGUUGCUGCCCAUUUCUGGAUAAAUGCUGGAGAGUCUUUGCUGAAUCUUGUUAGAAGCCUAACUCCUAAAACAGCUGUGUUAAAUUCUUCCUCCAAGAUCAGCAAUAAAUGCAGGAGCAAGUGCAUGUUAAUGGACAGGUUGGAUUAUGAUUUGGGUUCAUAUAUAUCUCGAAGCAAACCAAGACGGCUAGAUUUUAUAGACAUAAGCAGCAGUUUUCUUGCCUGUGUUUCAAAUAUCAUGCCAACAAUCUGGCAUUUCUUGAUCAAUACCCAUCAUCACUGUUACUUCAAGUAUAUCAAGGAUCCUAUCGACUUCAGUUUGCUUGGAAUAAUAAGCAGCACGAAGUUGAUAGAAGCUCAAACUCUUUUAGGCACUACAGAUUCUUCUUGUGUCCACAGAAGGUGUAUUAUAUUUGAAGAUACCGGUGGCGGUGGUGGCGUUGAUAAACAGAGAAGUAAUAUUGCUCAACUUGGAAUUCAUUGCUUGUUGUAUGGAGAGUUUUUAGCUAGCAUAUGUUACAGUAGUGAUUGUUAUUUGAACAAAUAUGUAAGAAAUCUGCUGUUUGAUAACAGGUGGAUAUGAGUAUGAUUUUUUAAAAUACGCCAGUGUAUCCAUAUUGGAUCUUCAA